CUUCAUCUUCCCUGCAAUAUCUGAACCUGGGAAUGUCGCAAAACCGCCACGUGAAUUGACUAGAUGAUCCUUUACUUAUUAUCUGCUCUUCAAUGUUGCCAUCUUCAGGACUCCGUGAACACCAUGCCAUCAUCGUCACUAUCUGGGUGCGGAUACCAAGCUUCACCAGGCAACUUGACCUCUUUGGGUAUGUCGAAACGCUGUUACCCGCCUGUGCCGCCUGUCACGAUGGAAUCGUCCACCUCUAAGACUGCCACUUCUUUUGGUGCGCAUCUCCGUCGCCUGAUGCCUCGAAGAUCAUUCCGCAGCUGUUAAAGCCAUCCAUGACGUCGGCAACCAAUAGGUGAAGGCUCCGGUUAGUAAUGUGCACGAAAUACAUUUACACUAUGCUGUGAGUUGGCGAAAAGAUC